AUGGACGUCGUUAAGGCGCACUCGAAGGUACUGCUGGACCGCACGAACGUCAAGAGUGCUGCUUUCCAAGAAGCGCUGAAAGAAGCCCCGGGAGAGUUCGCAACAGAGGUGUUAUGGAUGGUGGUGGAUGACAAGAUGGCAGAGAAGGACGAAAUGUCGACUAAGAUUUCUGAUCUCUCCAGCGAGCUGAAGAGGACUAUGGGUUUGAAGUGGUGA